AUGCUUGGAACACCGUAUUCCUAUCGACUUCGUCGUGUUAAGAGACAUGUAACUUUGCUCUCGGUUCAUCGUUUUGUGCACGGACUGUUAUUGUUACAGAGAUCGUCUUUGCCUUUGCUGUUAAUUCUUUUAGCUAACGAUGUGGAAUUAAAUCCUGGUCCAGUUAUUUCAUCUGAGCAUCUCGAACACUGUUCAUCCGUCGUAAAUAAUCGAAGCAACACCAUCGCGACUGAACGUAAGACAUUUCGCUGUUUGAGCUGGAAUACGCGAAGUUUGUUUAGUUUACAUAGAACAUCUGAUGGAGAUAUGAUAUCAAAUAAUUCAAGUCUUCAAGAUUUUGUAUACUCGGAGCAAAUAGACAUCGUUUUCCUCACUGAAACGUGGCUGUCCGAUAAACACUUUGAUGCAGAAAUUUUACGUCAAGAUUAUAACGUUUUCCGUGUCGACCGUAAAUGUAAAACCGGCGGUGGCGUACUAAUAGCUACAAAAGAGUCUUCUUUUACAGAAACCAAGCAAGUAUGCUUUAAUCAAUCAGAUACUAAACUAGAAAUCGUCUGCGUUGAAUGCGCCACUAACAAUGCGCGAAUCCUUGUUGUCUGCUGCUACAGAGCUCCUGACUCCUCGUCAAAAUGGCUUCUCUCCUUUAAAAAGUUCUUAGACUACAUCAUGGACACUUACGAUAAAAUUAUAAUGACUGGUGAUUUCAACUUCCCGCGAAUCUCGUGGUCUGAAAGCAUGGUUAUCCCAACCGGUGAAUCCGAGAGAUUUUUCUACAACACCUUAUCUGACCAUUACUUAAGUCAAUUGAUCUUCGCUCCAACAAGAGAAACUAACGUUCUUGAUCUUAUCAUGACAAACAUUCCAGACAACGUUAACAACAUUGAAGUAAUUGAUCCAACCAAUUUCAAUUUGUUUUCCGACCACAAGUGCAUACUCUUUGAGUUUCAAAGUACAGCAACACCUUCCCACAAGCUCAAAAGAUCGGUUUACGAUUACAACCGUGCGGAUUUUGAAAAAAUGAACCGUACUUUUGAAUCGAUUGAAUUUGAAUUUAGCGAUCCCACAUCGAUGUCCGACAUUAACGAGAACUGGAAUUUAUGGAGAGACACUUUCCUUGCUGUAGCUGACGAAUGUAUUCCAACAAAGAUUGUAAAAGGAAGGUACAAUCCACCAUGGUUGACCGGUGAGAUAAAAUCUUUGAUCAAAAAGAAAGAAACACUACGGCGAAAAAUCCGUCGCGGAACAAAUUCUGCUGCACUUGUACAAAAAUACAAGAAUCUCCGCCGUACAUCUAAGAGAUUAAUCAAAGAAAGUCGGGAAAAGUUCUUUGGUUCCCUAAGCGAAGCUCUACCAUCCAAUCCGAAACUGUUCUGGUCAUUUUUUAAAACAACCACUAAAUCCAGCCGUAUUCUACAGCAAGUUUCCGUCGCGACAGGCAACGAAGACUCCCCACGCUUAGAUUCCACUAGUCAAAAACAAGCUGCAGAAAUGUUCAAUGACUACUUCCACUCAGUAUUUCUAACAGAAGGUGAUGAUAUUUCAAUCCCCACUACACCUGUAUGUGAAGAGACUAUUUCUGACAUUAUUUUAGACCCAAGUGAAGUAUAUGACGUUCUUCAUUGCCUCGAUCCUAGUAAAGCAUCUGGUCCAGAUAAUAUACCAAUCCGCUUACUAAAAGAAUGUGCGCACUCCAUCACACCAUCAUUAACAUGUCUCUUCAACAAAUCCUUAAAGCAGGCCUCCCUACCAUCAGAAUGGAAACUGUCCAACAUCAUCCCGCUUCAUAAAAAAGGAAUCAAGAGUUUUGUUGAGAAUUACAGACCAAUUUCCCUCAUGUGCGUUGUUGCGAAAGUUUUAAACGUUGUGUUUACAACCGUCUGAUUGGUCAUAUAGAGAACAUGAUAUCCGUCGCACAGCAUGGUUUUCUGAGAGGAAAGUCUUGCACAGGUCAGCUCAUUUCCGUUCUUCACCGCAUCAGUCAAAACCUGGAUUCAGGGAAACAAACAGAUAUCUUGUAUUUCGAUGUUGCUAAAGCGUUCGACACGGUGAAUCAUAGCCAUCUUUUAAAGAAACUCCAACGAUUUGGACUUAAGGACAAUAUUUUAACGUGGUUUAAAAGUUAUUUAUCCGGACGACAACAGCGUGUACUAGUCAACGGUGAGAUUUCAGAGACACGUCCAGUUUCCUCCGGCGUUCCGCAAGGAUCAAUACUCGGUCCACUCCUGUUUCUCAUCUACAUAAACGACCUUCCCGAAUCAAUAACCUCAUCCGCUGUUGACGUUUCCUUGUUUGCCGACGACACAAAAUGCAUCUCAGUUAUUGAAUCACCGGUUGACGCCUGUGUCCUUCAAGCUGAAGCGAGAAACGUGGAGAAAUGGGCUGAGUUUUGGAGGCUCAAAUUCAACGCCGAAAAAUGCAAAGUUCUGAGCGUUACGAGAAAACGUCAUCCUCUUGUUGCUGAAUACAUUGUCAACGGUAAAACUUUGCAGCAUGUUUCCUCGCAGAAAGACCUCGGAGUGACGGUUUGUUCAGAUCUCAGAUGGAACACUCAUAUUUACGAGCAAAUUACGAAAGCCAACCGCCUACUUGGUAUGCUCAAACGUUCGACUAUCAAAGUCAAAAACGUAAAUACCCGACGCUGUCUCUACCUUACACUUGUGAGAUCCCAUCUUGCUUAUGCCUCACAAGCGUGGUGUCCACAGACUAUCACCAUGUGUAUGGAGCUCGAACGCAUACAACGUAGAGCGACCAAAUUCGUACUGUCUUUACCAUUCCAAACGGACAUGCCAUACAAAACGAGACUCGCUGCGUUGAAUAUGCUACCUCUCUGUUACUGGCACGAAUAUCUUGAUAUCCUGUUCCUCUUCAAAUGCAAAUAUGGCUUGGUUAAAACUGAUAUCCUACCCGAAGAAGUGGACACUCUGACUUCAACCAUAAAUCUACGCUCUUCUAAUAACUCUCUUGUAAAAUAUAACAUUCCUAAAGUAAGAACACUAUGUCACCAGAACAGUUAUCUUAUACGA